UACAACAGGAACUUCUAGUUAGGCCAAGUUCAGUCACAGCCACUGAUUUGGACUAAAACGUUAUGGGCACCAACCAAGGAGAACAUCAUCAAAGAGUUCUCUAGACUCAAGAGCCUUCCACGUUCUGCAUCGUGACCAUCUUCUACCACUCCGAAUUGGACCAGUCUUCAAAGGAAAGACAAUGGUAUUUUAUCCCCUGCAAAUUGCUGGGCUGGUUCUUGGGUUCCUCGGCAUGGUGGGGACUCUUGCCACAACCCUUCUGCCUCAGUGGAGAGUAUCAGCUUUUGUUGGCAGCAACAUUAUUGUCUUUGAGAGGCUCUGGGAAGGCCUCUGGAUGAACUGCAUCCGACAAGCCAGAGUCAGGUUGCAAUGCAAGUUCUAUAGUUCCUUGUUGGCUCUUCCACCUGCCCUGGAAACAGCCCGGGCACUCAUGUGUUUGGCUGUUGCUCUCUCCUUGAUUGCCCUACUUAUUGGCAUCUGUGGCAUGAAGCAGGUCCAGUGCACGGGCUCUAAUGAGAGGGCUAAAGCAUACCUUCUGGGAACUUCAGGAGUCCUCUUCAUCCUGACGGGCAUCUUCGUUCUGAUUCCAGUGAGCUGGACAGCCAAUAUAAUCAUCAGAGAUUUCUACAACCCAGCCAUCCACAUAGGUCAGAAACGAGAGCUGGGAGCAGCACUUUUCCUUGGCUGGACAAGCACUGCUGUCCUCUUCAUUGGAGGGGGUCUGCUUUGUGGAUUUUGCUGCUGCAACAGAAAGAAGCAAAGGCACAGAUAUCCGGUGCCUGGAUACUGUGUGCCAAACACAGAUAAGCGAAGAAACAUGGCAAUGCUUAGUAAGACCUCUACCAGCUAUGUCUAAUGCCUGCUUUCAGCUCCAAGUAUGGACUAUGGUCAAUGUGUUUUAGAAAGUCUUGCUAGAAACUGUAAGUAUGUUCAGUCAGGAGAACUUGCUUUAUGACUACAUUUAAAUUGAUAUGAAAGUUUCCAUUUGUUACUGGUGGUAGGAAUGAAAAUGACUUACUUGGAAAUUCUGACUUCAGGUGUAUUAAAUGUAUUUACUAUUGUUGGACUCAAUCUGCGUUCCAAUUUUCAAAUUCAAAAACCAAAUAUUCCCGUCAUCAUUAGCAAGUGUACAAUGAAAGGCUACUCCUUUUUGACCAUGAUAUAUCAACUGAUAAGAAUCUAAAGUUGAAACUGAUAAUCCAUAACAAUAAAACAUAUCUAUU